UUAGGCCGCCACGCCUACCCCCAACGCUCCGCUCGUCCCAGACAGGCGGUCCCCGUCAGCAUCGUCUUCCCCACCUGUCACCCUCCGCCUCCAAUCACAAGCCGUCUCCGCUCUCGCCCGUUUCGUGUUGGCGUACACGCGGAGUCGCGAUUCGCCCGCCCUAUAAGACACUCUGCCCCUUUCCCCGGCCCCGAGCAGCGCCUCUGCCCUCUAUCCCUUCCACCCACCUCCGGCCCCCUUUGCGCGCGGCGUGUGCGUGCGUUCGUGUUGCGCGGGCGGGCGGGCGGCUAGUUAAAUGGGCGACCUGGCAGGCGGAGACUGCCGGGAGGCGGCGGCGCCCGAGGAGGAGGCGGCAGCGCCGGCGCCGGCGGUAGGCGGGGCCGACCACCUGGUGAUCAUGGUCCACGGGAUCAUCGGGAGCACAGCCGAUUGGAAAUAUGGAGCCGAGCAAUUCCAUAAGUUGCUAGAAGGCAGAGUCAUAGUUCAUUGUAGUAACAGCAACAUGCACAAGCUAACUUUAGAUGGCAUUGAUGUGAUGGGUGAACGGUUGGCACAAGAGGUUAUCGAAGAAAUCAACAAAAGACCACAGAUAACAAAGAUAUCUUUUGUUGCGCAUUCCGUUGGAGGAUUGGUUGCAAGAUAUGCCAUCGGAAGACUUUAUAGGCCUCCUGGACAAUCACUUGAAAAUUCUCCUCAAAGUUUGAGAGACAGCAACAGAGGCAAUAUACAUGGGCUUGAUGCAGUCAACUUCAUAACUGUUGCAUCACCACAUCUUGGUUCUAGAGGAAACAAACAGGUUCCUUUCCUUUUUGGAGUUACUGCGAUAGAAAAGUUUGCGUGCUGCAUCAUUCACUUCAUAUUCAGAAGAACCGGCAAGCACCUAUUUCUUACUGAUAAUGAUGAUGGAAAGCCUCCGUUGUUGCAACUUAUGGUGGAUGAUUGUGAGGACCUACGGUUCAUAUCUGCUUUGCAAGCAUUUCAGCGAAGAGUUGCAUACUCCAAUGUUGGUUACGACCACAUUGUUGGAUGGAGGACAUCAUCAAUCAGGGGGGCCUCCGAACUACCCAAGUGGGUUGAUUCGACAAGCAAGAUUUACCCACAUAUUGUAUACGAGGAACUAUCCAAAGCAGAAACUCUUGAUCAAUGUGCUGAUGUUGCUGAUAUUGACAAGGAUAACUGCACUCUAGAAGAACGGCUUUUGAGAGGACUUAAGCGUGUGUCAUGGGAAAAGGUGGAUGUCAGCUUCCAUAAUAGCAAAGCAAGAUCUGCUGCACACAGUGUAAUUCAGCAGGUAAAAGAUCCCGUCAUGCAUAGCGAAGGGGCCGAUGUGAUAAAGCAUAUGAUCGACCAUUUCGUUACCUAGUGGACAGCCCCCCAUCUCUGAAAACAAAGAUUGUGUUGUGAUCAUACACGAGUUGCUAACUGCGGAGUCGCGAGCCUGGUGAGCACAUUUAUGGUAAUCCCAGGAAUCAAGUGUCAGAUAGACGGCGUUCAGAACGUCGGAAGUGUUUGAUAGAUAAGUAUAUAUAUAUAUAUAUAUAUAUAUAUAUAUAUAUAUAUAUAUAUAUAUAUAUAUAUAUAUUUUAUAUAUAUAGGGUCGUGCCAUGUCGUUUACUAAUCUUUCGCAAUUAUUAUGCAAUAUGUAUGUUGUGCGGUGUGAGCAUAGUAUCGGCUUUGUGCUUGUAAAUGUCCACAAUUGUUUUAUCAAUGUUGAUACGUUUGGCGUGCCUUUUUUAAGGGGAAACAUCGCAAUGAUAAGGGUUGGCAGAGAUGCAAAGGCACUGCUGAUA